AUGAAAGACAGUCUGGUGACUGGCCUGAAAUUCACGAAGAUACGCGAGUAUGAGCUGGCGUGGGUUGAGGCGGACAUUGCCGAAAGUGAUAACCCCUCCUCCAAAAAGGAUGAGAGUAUGCACACGGAUGGAGAGAGUGAACUGGACGCACCUGCUGUCCGCGCUUCCAUCGUCUCCGACUCUCUGCCCAUGCUGGUCCCGGCGUCGAGCCACGUCGUCCAGCACGACACUGUUUUUGUCAACGAGCCCAAGCUCUCCGACCUUAAACAGAUACUCCUAAAUCUGGGCAUGAGCGCGGAAUUUGUGAGUGGCGUCCUGGUGGUCGACAACUGCGUCGCCAUAAAACGAUCAGAGGCCGGCAGACUCCUGCUU